CUGACUUCAUAACACCGCUCUUUUUGGGAGAAAUGUGAUGGCAGCAGCAUUUCUUCAACAGCCAUUUGGUAUAACUGCUAGAUGUGUGAUCUUUGGCCUGUUAAUAAGAUGCGGAAAGUAAGACAAAAUAGAAAGAAAAAAGAAAUCUUAAAUUCGGAAGGUGAAUCUGAUGUGGCAUCAACAUGUGGUGACGAUGAUGGAGGAGAGGAAAUUAAAGUCUGUCCUGAAAAUUUGAUUGCACUUGACUGUGAAAUGGUUGGGAUUGGAAAAUCAAGGAGUAACGCAUUAGCGCGAUGCAGUGUUGUUGAUUACUACGGAAAUGUUUUGUACGACCAAUAUAUCAAACCAUCGAAAUCUAUCACAGAUUACAGAACGAAGUGGAGCGGUAUAUUACCUCAACACAUGACGCAUGCAAUACCUUUUAAAGUUGCUAGGAAGCAAAUACUAUCCGUCAUUAAAGAAAAGAUUAUUAUCGGACACUCGUUACAUUUUGAUUUCAAGAUCUUGAAAAUUUCUUGCCGCAAGCAGCAAAUUCGCGAUACAUCUAACAGUGUGAUGUUAAGAAACAUUGCUGGUUUUCCAUUAAAUCAAACAGCAUCACUUAAGCGCCUUUCCUCUGCUAUCCUGGGAAGACAAAUUCAAGUUGAUACUCACUGUUCUGUUGAAGAUUCGGUUGCUGCCAUGGAUUUAUACCGAACAAUUGAACAGGAGUGGGAAAAGAAUUUUCAGUGCAAAAAAGAGGCAAAGUAUUUGAAUGAUUUGUUUUGGCCCAAAUGGCUUGAUAGUCAAUAAAUUACACAGCAUCAGAAAA